UCCACAUUGCGGAAGUGCUGGAUGGUUUUGGCCAAAAUUGUUAAUAAAAUGUUUUUUUGGAAAAUUGUGCUGUAGCAAUUAUGGAUGAAUUGAGCGCAAAAGAGAGACUGUUUCAGUUUUGGAUGAUUUAUACAACUAAGACUGAUCCAAAAGCGUUACUCGACUAUAUUGAACUGUUUAUAGAGACCUACCAGGAUCUGAUAGACUACAAUCUGAAUCAUCUAACUGAUGGGUUUUCAGAAGAAGGUCCACAUCUGACCAAACUGCCUGAUGGGAUACUACAGGUGCUUGGUAACCAGUUGAACCAGUGUUGCUAUGGUGAUGACACAGAAACUAUCAAAGCAGCCACAGAUAUUGUCAAAUGUUUAAUUGUACUGUGCAGGAAUUAUGACAAUGUCCAGUUGGUGGCUUCAUGCGAGUUCACAAGUUAUGUUGUAAACAUUGCUACAACUGUUGUUAAUAAGAUCAAAGGAAAUCUUGGAGAAGAUUUACAGCAACAUAUCAUCUUUGUGAAGUUGACGCUUCAUUUCUUUGAAUGUUUAUAUGAUCCAUAUUUUAUAUGGCGGAAAAGAUUGUUAGGGUGGACAGUUGAGCAGUCACGCUUGAACUUCAAGCCAGCAUUGUUGCACGUGGAAAUAAUACCAUUCUUUCAUGACUGUUUUCAGAAGAGCUGGUUGCCAUCAGAUCUGAAAGUACACUUGAUACAUGUGUUUGGUGCAAUAAUAUCUGGGUCACAGCAUAAUGCAUUGAGUGCAGUAACUCCCGCUACCUUGGAUGUAUUACUGAAGAUAUUGGCUGCCAGUGGGUCUGACAAACCAACCAAUGAGCAGAGAGAGGAAAUGAGCCGGCUCAAAAAUCUCGUGCUCAAGUGUAUGGUUAGAAUGGUUCAUGUAAUUCAUUGCUGUAGUCCCGACCUUCGGCAAGUAGAAGUGAGUCAUGUCAUGGAGGGGUACAUGCAGGUAUUACUGGACUUUGAAUCCCAGUCACAGGAUGAUCCUUAUAAUGACAUGCAGUUGUCCAUGAUUGGUGCUAUAAAUGAGAUGUUAUCCUGUGAUGACCGCAGUGCUCUACAGGUGAUUCUGGUGGGUGGGGGAACAUUUGAUGCCUUUGUUUCUUUGCUACAGAAAACAGCUCUGUGUGGGUUGGAAGCUCAGAACCUUGCCAUGUCGGUGUUGAAGGUGAUGACCACGGUCCUUGCUGGCUCUGGGAAUGCCAAAGAGAGAUUCAAACUCAGAGUGGGGUAUGGAAAAUUUGUAGAAGUUCUGAAGAGCCUCGGUCAGCCGUCCAUGGAUCUCCUGAAGUCUGUUCUCAGUCUGGUUGUUGAAGGAGUUUAUGAGGAGAACUGUACAUAUACUGUGCAUAAUACUCAUGCUGCUAUCAUGCUUAUCCAAUGGUUGCCUGACAUUCAGUCACAUGACCUACAAAUAUGGCUGAUGGAACAUUUACGGCAGCUGUGUAGUUCAGAUCAUAAUAACAAGAUGAAUUGCUGUAAUAAUGGAAUGAUUGGGGCCAUUUUGUCAGUUCUAGGGAGAGAGAAACAAAUAAAUCCAGCAGCAGUCAGUCAUUUGAUUGGUCUGUUAGAAUCUCUUGGCACCCAAUCAAUAACAGCUAUAGAACUGAAACAGCUGAUUGGACUGCUAAGGCUGGAUGAAGAAGAAAAUCAGAACACUUAUUGUAGUAGACUGAUGCGAGGCAUGUCCACUAUGGCUAGAAGAGAGGGAAAAGAAGGAGCUCUACAUUUCUUCAACAUUCAAGAUCCAACAGAUGGCAUUCAUCUUCCGGGGAUCAGAAAAUGGCCGGGGGCAGCGUUCUCAUUCCAUACAUGGUUGUGUUUAAAUUCUCACGUAGAUAGAGGUGUGUAUGAUCUACCAGCCUCUCAGUCAUGCAGGAGAAUUAUUUAUAGUUUCUUAUCAAAUUCUGGUUGUGGGUUUGAAUGUUUUGUGAGUGAUUCAGGGGAGCUAACUGUUGCUGUGUUUAGUAAGAAGGAUUAUAAUGGAGUUACAGUUCAUGAAGUGGACCUACAAGAUGGUCACUGGCAUGAUGUAUGUGUAGUUCACACAAACUCAAAGAGACCAUUUAUAACAAGUCAACUGUAUGUGUAUGUAGAUGGUAAACAGAAACACAACUCGCAGCUCAAAUAUCCCAAUAUGAGUGAGCCUCUUACGUCAUGUCGGGUUGGUUCUAUGGUAUGGCAGAGUCAGUCAGACGCUUGGCACACAGAAUCUCAUCUGAAUUCCACAACAGAUAACAAGAAAACGUCUCCGUUAAAAUCCUUCCUGCAACAUGCAGUAAAAUCAAAUGGUAACAUUCCAGGAGUGGACUCAAUUCCAACUGGUUCUCAGGACGAUACUCAUGGACUUCCGAUUCCGUUAAACGGUCAGAUUGGAUCUGUGUGUAUUUUCCAUGAUGCGGUCUCCAUCAAUCAGGUGAAGAGACUAUAUGCGGCUGGUCCGAAUAAUUUGACGGUGUUUAAUGAUGACAGUGAGCUCCAAGAUUUACCAGGAAAAAUGGUGUUAUACUAUAAUGCAAGGGCAUGUAAAAACACACAUAUCAUGGAUCUCUCAACCAAUCAGAACCAUGGCCAGUUACUGGGCCAGAAAUGUGUUACCUGGGAUAUUAAGGAUGUAAUCAACUGUAUAGGAGGGAUACAGGUGUUGUUUCCUCUCCUAGAACAAGUUAACAGACUUCCCUCACCCCCUGAGAUCAGCAGUCCAGAGUUCAAAUCUCUUGCCAGUCUGAACAAGGCCACAGAUCAAGAAGAUUGGGUUAUAUUGCCUAGUAGCUCAUAUGCAGAUACAAAGCUUGAGCAGAACCAAGUUGCAGGAUUCCUGACUUUGCUACGGAACAUGGUACAGACAAAACCUGUCAAUCAACAGACGUUUGUACAAACAAAUGGUGCUGCAGUCAUAGGUGCUCUCUUACAAAAGGUGAACUGCAAGCUAAUAGAUGUGAAUGUGUUAAUGGCUGUUCAGCUGCUAGUAGAAGCCACUGCCUCUACAAACAGAACCAUGCUUCAUCACAUGUACCAGUACAUACUGUUUGACUUUAGGAUCUGGAGUCGUAGUGACUUCCCUGUUAGAAUAGGACAUAUUCAGUACUUGUCAACUAUAAUCAAGGAUGAUAGAAGACAUUUUAGGAAGAUGUUUGGUGUGCAGUACAUACUGGAUGUGAUUCGAUCACACUACAGCAAUGAUUGUGUGCUGUCGGAGGAAGAUGCCAGGACUAUCAGAGUGUCUCUCCUUAGUCUGGUCAAGUACUACAUUGUCAGGGACAUCACAGUGGAGGAGUUAUCUGCUGUAUUCCAUUUCAUGAUGGCGUGCAAAGAUGAAAAUAUGAUCUGUGAAGCAUUGGAUAUUGUGAUAUCUCUGUUGGAUGGUGGUAGGAAACAGGACCAGACUUACCUGUUGAUGUUUGAGCCUCACAUUGGUGAGAUGUUGUAUGGCCUUCUCACUAUCAAGGGUUUCACAAUUAUAUAUUAUGAGAAAAUUGUCAAGGUUUUGUACAUUCUGCUAAAAACAGACAGAGUAUAUGAGAAAAGUAAAGCCAGACUGAGGUUGACAGACUGUGGUUAUCUAGGCCUGAUAGGUCUGAUACAGGGGUUUGAAGUGUCUGGGCCAACAAUAAAAAGAUUUCUGGAGCAAGUCAUGGUUGUAGAUACUCCACAGAGUUACAAUGCAGUGCUGGCAGUUCUACAGUUGAUUUACACUAGCGGGUUUGAUAUCAAACUUGAAGCCAGUCGUCAGCUUCUUUCUAUUCUCGUGUCAAAAAAUGGUGCCGCCAAAAGUUUUGCCAAACAGUUAGGAUGGCAAGAGGCUUUUUCAAAACUUUUUAUUCUCCGCCCAAUCUCCUUGGAAACAAGUGACCUUGACCAGUUAGACUGUGAUAUCACCAUGGAGACCCAGACUGAUUGUGAUGAAAAUAGUGCAAAGGGGGGUGACUCUGACUUAUUAUGUUUAAAGGGAGAUAGCUCUGAACAAAAUACAGAGGACAGUCCUCUUCUUGGAGAUUAUAACUCUUCUCAAAGUGCAAUAUCACCAAAAGACUGUGUUCGAACUGAGGCAAAGUCCCCAACAAAUGUUAACAAGCUUAACUGUGAUAGUGAAGUUGAUCAAAAAAGUGAUAAAGAAAAUUGUGAUAGUAAAAGUGUUCAAAAACCAUCUCCGCCAAAUCAACUUAAUCUUAGCGCUGGUGGGGAUGCAACUAAUAAAGUGAAUGUUGAAUCUUUUUCACCUCCACUUGACACACCGUCUACACCUCUCUAUCUUAAAUCUCAACUUUUCGACGAUCUUGCGGAGGAUGAACUUCGGCCAAUGAGUCGAAGUUCAAGUGCGAGUGCGGAGGAUUUAAGCACCAUAGCUCAGAGAGCAGCGGAACGAAAAUCCCUCCACAAAGAAACUAGUUCUUCUUCAAUAUCUCAACUUUCACAAAGUGAAAGUGGAUUAGACUUGACGGAGGAAGUGGAAAUGAGACGUGACUCUUUAUCAUCGUCAUGGCAUCAAAAUAAUACACAUAGAAUGUUGAAUAGUCUCGGGUUGCGAGGAAGCUUUCUGAUGGAUGUGGUCGAGAAUUCGGAAGAGUUGUGUCAAAAUUUACUGAUUGUACUUUAUACGGUCAUGUGGAAAGGUGUGGAAGGGUCGGACGAGGCUGCCUGGAAGGAGAGGGGUCAGGUGUUUGCCUGGUUAGAUCAUAUUAGUCAAACCAAUGAGCUGAUGUGUCCUGUACCCGAGUUGAAGAGAAGACUCCUAGAAAUGAUGCUUCAUGCAUGUACCUCGGAUAUCAAAGAUGCAGGUCACUCCUCCCAGCCGUACAUGGAGAAUGCUAUAGAGUUAGUACGUCUUGUCCGAUACUCUCUGUUCAGAAAUGAAGCCUGUAUGGAUGGUCAUAUGUACAGUGAAAUGUUGCUUGAAGAUGUGAUGAGUCUGUUGGAUAGUUUAGCAGUGUGGGAUGUUCCCAGUGGAGCAGGCUGGCAAGAAAUGGUACAUCUUGGAUUGAGUGUGAUUAUGGCAUUUGCACAGAAUGACCAGUUGGAGUUGUGUGCUAGUGCUACUGCGAGACUUCAUAUGCUGGUACAGACCAAGCUCAUAUCCAGUUCUGCAGAGGCAGCCUAUCUGAUAGGACAUCUGAACAGUGUGAUCGUAAAAGCAGUAGAUGCUGCCACAGACAACUACAGUUUCUUAAUACCUGUAAUGAAAGCUUUAAUAGAUAAAUCCUACCAGCUAUUGAACCUUGAUUUGAACCUUCCAAACCUACCGUCAACAACGAUGAGCCCAACAUUCUUUGAUGAUUUCAAGACCUACUGCAAAACUGAAGAAUGGACCACAUUCAUUAAUAACUACGUUGAACCUCAGAAGCAACAUUUUACAGAGAAUGUGUUCAUGGAGUUGACAACAAAAACUGCGGAGUUCUGGUCCAACUGCCAGCAAGAGAUGAUGGUGAACAUGCACAAGCGUAACAGGGAACACGGAGAGAGUAAACUCAAGUUUCAGAAUCAGAUAUUAGAUGUGUACAACAAAAAAGUCACGAAUGAGGAGAAACGUUUCCAAAAUGUGACUACACAGUUACGUAACCAGCAUGCUGCCGCACUUAGGCAAUGGAGAGCGGCAAAAAGAUUCUUUACAGGGGAACGAGGAGCUUGGGCUCAAAGGGAAUCUCCAGUGUUACAUUGGAAGCUGUCAAACCAGGAGAACUUCUCUCGUAUGAAAGUAAAACUCAUACAGAACUACAACUUUGAUAUUCACAGAGAGGCCAGUUUGCUCAGAGAUAAUCUUGGAGUUGAAGACAAUGUUUUGAUGGAUGAAAUCCAGCAGCUUAUGGUUACCAAGGAAGCUCUGGUAUCCAGGGAAAACAUUGGGGAUGAUGGGAUAGGUGAUGAAGAUUGGAAUGUCAUAAGUGCACAGAGUACGAAUGUUGAGGAGUACCAGGACAAAGAAAAACUUGUUUUAUCAGAGGAAUGUGAACUUGUGACCUUAGUAGAGGUCAUAAAAGGUCGUUUGGAGGUCACCACAACCCAUGUCUACUUCUUUGACUGUAGUACUACCAGGGAUGAAGGUGGUGAGGAUUUCAAGUGGGGUCUGCCACAGCUUAGAGAAAUCCAUUUUCGUAGAUACAACCUCAGGAGGUCUGCACUGGAAAUGUUCCUCAUUGACCAGACAAACUACUUUCUCAACUUUCAGAAAAAGGUCAGAAACAAAGUGUACAGUCGUAUUCUAGGUCUAAGACCACCAAAUCUCAUCUACUAUGGGUCACGGUCUCCAGCUGAACUUCUCAAGGCAUCCGGGCUUACUCAGAAAUGGGUACAACGUGAGAUCAGUAACUUUGAGUACCUCAUGCAACUAAACACAAUAGCAGGAAGAACAUACAAUGAUCUAAGUCAGUACCCAGUGUUUCCAUGGAUACUGUGUGAUUACACAUCAGAUACUCUAGAUCUAGAUAAACCUGAAGUAUUUCGAGAUCUCACUAAACCUGUUGGUGCUUUAAAUCCCAGAAAUGAAGAAGAGGUUAGAGAGAAGUUUGAUCAUUUUGAGGAUCCUACAGGAGUGAUAGAGAAGUUUCAUUAUGGAACACAUUACUCUAACUCAGCUACAGUGAUGCAUUAUAUGAUCAGGAUGGAGCCAUUCACUACAUUACACAUUGCUCUACAAAGUGGAAGGUUUGAUGUUGCGGAUCGCCAGUUUCACUCUAUACCAGGUACCUGGAAAUCUAUGUACAACAAUCCCAAUGAUGUCAAAGAACUUAUACCAGAGUUCUUCUACUUACCUGAGUUCCUUAGCAACAGAAAUGAAUUUGAUCUCGGCAAGCUACAGAUCUCAAAGGAAGUUGUCAAUGAUGUCAUUUUACCCAAGUGGGCAGCAACACCAGAAGACUUCAUCUACAAACAUAGGAAGGCUCUGGAGUCAGAAUAUGUGUCAAACAAUCUACACAACUGGAUAGAUCUGAUCUUUGGAUAUAAACAGAAAGGCCCAGCAGCUGUUGAGGCCCUCAAUGUGUUCUAUUAUUGUACUUAUGAAGGAGCUGUAGAUUUAGAUGCAGUAAAGGAUGCCAAUGAAAGAAAAGCUUUGGAAGGAAUGAUUAACAACUUUGGACAGACUCCUUGCCAGUUGCUGAAGGAUCCACAUCCAAGGAGAAUGAAUUUUGAUGAGGUUGUCGCCAAGGCGAUGAAGACUGACAAACAUCUCAGUGUCUAUUACUUCCUGGAUCAGCUCAAAGUCUACUUUGUAGAGCUUUCAUCUGAGGCGGACCCACUGGUAUAUAUAGCUGUUCCUAGAAGUCAGCCAAGGUCUAUUAUACAACAUGGAAUGUUAGAUACCCUGGUAACCGUAUCCUCACAGGGAAUACUUGGGACACAUGGUUGGCUGCCGUAUGAUAAAUCCAUUACUAACUACUUCACCUUUGAUAAAGACCCUUCAGUCUCGAAUCUCAAAACUAGGAAGAAGUUCAACAGUCCGUUUGCCCCAGGAAUUGAAGUGAGUGCCAAGUUGUUUGUUGUUACCCACGAUUCCAAGCUGUUGAUCAGUGGUGGUCACUGGGACAAUAGUUUACAGGUUUACCAUAUUGGCAAAGGACGUAGGAUCAACCAUAUAUGCAGGCAUAUAGAUAUUGUCACAUGUUUAGCCUUAGACUACUGUGGCAGCCAUCUUAUUACUGGAUCAAGGGACACAACUUGUAUGAUUUGGCAAGUUCAGCAGCAGGGAGGAGUGUGUGUAAAUCUCUCAAACAAACCUCUACAAACCUUGUAUGGUCAUGAUAAUGAAGUGACUGCAGUACAUAUCUCGUCUGAGCUUGAUAUGGCAGUUUCUGCCAGUAAGGAUGGCACAGUUAUGAUACACACUGUAAGGAAAGGACACUACAUGAGGACACUGAGGCCUUCCCAGACACCAGGGUACAAUCUCAAUAUUCCAAUACUCACAGUGGAUGAUAUGGGACAAAUUGUCAUAUAUUGUCAUGAAACUUUACCCAUUGAUCCUAAGGUUGUUACCUCUCUUCAUUUGUACUCUCUGAAUGGAAAGCGCAUUUGUACACAGGAAGUUCAGAGUCAUCUUGGUCACAUAAUCAUUAAGGGAGACAAUUUGAUAACAGGAGAUGUUGAUGGAAAUGUGGUUGUAUAUGAAAUUUUUGGUUUGAAGCAGUUGACUUCCAUACCGCUGAUUGUUCCUAUACAUAGCCUUGCCUUAACUAACGGAAACAGUCACCUGUUAGCCGGACUCAAAGAUGGAAAACUUAUCAUUAUAGGGAUAAAGUCACUACCAGAAAUCAGGUGAUCAGUGGAUCACACAUAUGUUUUAAUGUGAUACUUGAUCUGUUUAUAUUGGAUAUAGUGUGUGAUGCUGGGAUGAUGGAAAUUUUUACAUCUCGGUACUUUGAUGAUCAGGGGAUAAUGGAAAUGUUUGCGUAACUUGAUGACUGAUAGUCACAGUAAAGUGGAAAUAUUUACAGUAUUUGGAAAAUGAUGAAAAUGUUGGCACUGAUUUGAAAAUGUACAAGUACAUAUUGCUUUAAGAUAAUGGAAAUUGCCUAGUACAUUGCUUGGAAAAUGAUGGAAAUGUUUACACUUUGUGGGAAAUAAUGGAAAUGUUUACAUUCCUUGAAAAAUGAUAGGAGGGUUUACAUUGGUUGGAAAAAUGAUGGAAAUGUGUAUCUUGCCUUGAAGAUAGUACAAAUAUUUACAUUGUUUGGAAGAUAGGGAAAUGUUAAGUUUUCUUGGAAAGUAAUGGAAAUGUUAACAUUCCUUGGAAAUGAGGAAAUUGUUACAUUGCUUGGAAGAAAAUUGAAAUGUUCAUACUUCUUGGAAGAUAUUGAAUUGUGUACAGGCUUGAAAGAUAUUAGUGAUGAAAAUGGUUUGCUUGGAGACAGAAAGUCAUAGUAAAAUAGAAAAUAAUCGAAUUAUUUUUAUCGAGUUGAACAAUAUCUAGGUCCUUCUAGAUACUGGAUAACUUGAGCAGAUUGCUAAUCCUAUUUGAUCAGUGUUUAACUCUGUAAGAAAAUAUACAUAUCCUUUACACAGUUACAUUUGUUAAGUCUUUUAUGGAAAUGUUCACAUACUACAUGUAUGUGCAUGUUCCAUUCUUAUUUUUGUAUUGAAAUCUUUCGCUUUUUUAAAGGGACGAUGAUUUUUAUGUAUCAAGAUGUACCUCAAAAUAUCUAUAUAUCUUUACUUCAUGGCAAAUGCUCUUAUUUCUUCCUUUUUAUAAAUGAAUCCUGCCAAGAAUAUAUUCAGUCACUGUUUUUCCUGCUGACAAAUAGAAAUAGCGUUUAAUGACCAUACACGAGACAGUAAAACAGUUGUCUUUAUUCGUGUGUAUUUUUAUUUGCUUAACCCUUUACAUGCUGGACACGAUUUAUUCUGCCUUUGCAGCCAGUGUAGAUCAUGAUCAGCCUGCACAUGCAUGCAGUUUGAUCAAGAUCUGCACUGUUUGCCAUUCGGUUCGUAUUUUUUAGGUAAGCAUCCCUUUUAACAGGUAAUGGUAGUUUCCAAACUGAAAAAUAGACGAGUUCAUUAUAGAAAUUUAGCAGGGUAAGGGGUUAAAAGACUGUAACACUUGAAAUGGUGAUCCUUGAAGGCAUUUGGUGCCUGUAUCACAGGGGGUCUUUACUCACAUGUCUGACUGUAGGAUCGAGUUUUACUGUAUUAUUCUGAGAUCAGCAUUGCCUUUUAUUUGUACAUAUCAUGUUAAAAUUAUUGUGAUUGCCUCUAAUGUGAUGACCUUUGUAUACUCACUUGUUCAUAUUACAUUACAUUGUACUAUCAUUGUUUUUGUUACCUAGUUAACAUUGUUCUAGAAGUUUGGAUACACAGUAAAACUUUAAAUAUUGACCAUCCUUGGGAAAGAAAAUCUCAAUUAUUUAUAGGGCUGGGACAAUUUUAAAAUUUUGAAACCAGUUAAUCAUUUGUAUGAAAUGGAAUCGAACGGGUUAAUCGGUUGCCAUAUUUGAAAUGCUGUUUUCUUUCCUGACGAUCGUAUAAAGAUACUUCCAGCAGCUGACUUCAUUAGAAGCUUACGGACUUUAUCGUUUGGAAGCAGUGUGAUAAUUGAUGUCAUAUUUUGGUAUAUUUUAUUUUAGUUAUAUCACGACAAGCAAAUCUGAGACUAUUGAUUAUGUUACAGUUGAUAUGUUUUAGAGGAAAUAUUCUGCGGGUUUAUGUGCUGGUCAAAGAAAUGUAUAAUUUGUGGUGUUUAUUAUUUGAGAGCGAUUAGCGGUUUUGCAAUAUUGAAACUGAUUUCACCUAGUAAUCGAAUCGGAUCCGAUUAACCGAGUAAUCGUCCCAGUCCUAAUUAUUUACAGUAUUUUUGGUUUAACAGGAGGAGAAAAUAGUUUCCUUUAUAAGCCGAUUUUUAAAAGUUGGCCUUUAUAUCAAGCAGGUUCUAAAAGGUGAUCUUUAUUUGGAGGUGGUCUUUGGCUUAGGUUUUGACUAUAUUGUAUGUCAAAUUUUUGUGGUGUUGUGGUGAAGUGCGAGAUGCAGCUGACUUGCAUGACUUGGAAUAGGAAUUUAUGUCUGUAAUAUUUUUACUGGAAAAGAUUAGAUCUCCUCAAAUGUGAUUUUAAGCUUGCGUGUAAAAGUUGGAAUUUUUGGGGGUUUUUUUGGUUUGUUUUGGAUUUAGCUACAUUUUUCAAUGGUAUUCAGUUUAUGUUAACCUAAUCAGUUUCCUGUAUUUUAUAUCAUACAAGCCUGUUCUUAAGAACUGUCAACUGCUUCCCAUAAAUCAGAGGUUGGAGGAUGAAUGAUUACAGACACAAUGUCUUUUAUCAAAUAGUCAUGGAGAACAUAAACCUGGCCCUGGGAUCAAUCUCAUGACUUUGCAUGAACUCAUGAACAUGCAUUUCUUGAAUAUUGUAAGAUCAUGUUCCAGUUAGACAUACAGGCUGUUUCAUUAUUGAUACUGUUAUUUAUGAGGGAGAAGUUAUGUUUUGGCAAAACAUUUAUACAGAUGUUGGUACGGUACAUGUUGCUAUAAUAUAUAUAUUUUUGUUAUGUUUUAUUGUGCAAUAUAUAUAAUUUAUAUAUGCAUUUAUAUAAGUGCUUAUUUGAAUCAUUUAUUAAAAAGACCUGUUUACUCCUUGUUGCUUUGUGGAUAAGAUGAAGAUAAAAUAAGAACAAUAUGUAAACUUGUUUAUUCACCUAAUACAGCUUUUCAGAAAAUGUCUUCAAACGUUUUUCAAAACCAGUCAAUACACAAAGUACAUGUAUGUUAUGUUAUGAAACAUUCUUAGGUAUCUAAGGGGCUUCCGUGGCGGAGUGAUUAAGGUAACCGCUUUCGAAUUAUGCCCCUCGCCAAUGUUGGUUAAAGCCUUACUCGGGGUGUUGAAUUCUUCAUGUGAGAAGCCAUCCAACUGGCUUAGGGUAGGUCGGUGAACCCAGAUUCUAUAUGGUUCUACCCAGAUGGCUGCCUGAGAUGAAAUAAUGCAUGAAGGGAACUUCCUCCACCAGCAAAAGCUGUAAAGUCGCCAUAUAACCAAUAAUUGUGUCAGUGCAACGUUGCAAAAAAAACCUUAUUUAAUGACAGUUUUAGAACUGGAAUGAUUAAAAUAUCUUAUAUAGAUAUGUCAUCAUAGGAGAUUCCACAUGUAAAAUUUUGGAACUUUGAAAUUAAAAAUAUUUUUAUCAUAUAUUUAUAAGUGAGAAAUAGGCAAGUGGUACAUGAUAUCUUAGUUUAGUAUUAUUUGUAUAGUACCAGAAUAAAUGGUGCUACAUUAAACAAGAGUAGGUUCUCCUGUCUCUCUCUCAGGUGAAGUUAAAAGUUGUUGUUAAGAAUAACAGGACUUUUUAAGGAUUUUUGGUUACUAUGAAUGGUUAGCUGAUACAAAGGAUUUUUCUUGCCUUGAAAUUAAGCUUCAAAUUAUUUUUUCUAAGACUGAAAGUUAAUUACUACAUACAUACAUGAUUUUUACCAUCUUAAAGGAGUGGCUAACUUCACGAUUACUUUUCCCAUUCUGCUGUAGGUUUGAAACCUUCCUUAGUACGUUAUCUUGUGUGGGUAUGCUGUGUAAUGGAUUUUGGAAGGUCACUGAUUGUCCCCAGUACCCACUCAAUACCAGAAACAACACCUGGAUGAGAUCCUGGCAUCUUUUUACAAUUUAAUAUUGAAUUCACCAUAUGAUCUGGAUAGUAUAUGAGUAAGUAAGAGGACCAUCAAAUUUGAAAUGUUUCUGACUACCAUUUACAGCAUGUUUGGUGACGUUGUUAUAUUUAUUUAUCAUCGCUUUAUUGCUACUGUAUGCGUACAUUUACUUGUUACCAGUAUGUGCCAUUGUAUUUAAUUGCAUGUUUUAUCAGAUGUUAUCUGUGAAUUCAUCAGUUACAUAUAUCUUGAAGAUUUGUCUUAAAUGUAUCAUGCCAAUUACCUGGAUUAAAAAAAACUAAAUAUAAAA